CCUUUCGUUGGCACGGCGCUAUUAGUUACUUCUGGUUAUCACACUUCUCCUGAAACUGAAAAACGAGAAUUUACCAAUGGAAAAGAAUGCAUUUGUUGAUGAGUAACUCUUCAUCAGCUUCGGGUGACAUGCUAAUGAAAUUUUUUUAUCGACAACUGUGAUGUGCCUCUGCCUCAUACUGCGGCUGCCUGUGAUGAUGUAGAUGUGUAGUUCGAGGACUUCAAGAUGCCAAUCUGCUCAGUUCCCUAUUGUUUUAAUGCUUCUUCGAAAGAUUCUCUUGUUUCUUUCCAUGAGUUCCCUCAUGAAACUCCACUGUUUUUGAACAAAUGGAUUGAAAAUAUUGGCAGACCUAACUGGCGUCCUGGGCUGAGGAGUGUCGUCUGUAGUGAUCAUUUUGAGAAAGGGGACUUUGAUCGAAAAGGUCGACUUCAUAUUGGAAGCUUUCCCUCCAAAUUUCCAGAGCCACCGACCCGCAAAAAGAAAAAGUCGGAGGAAGAUGGAGGGUCAAAUAAUGCACCCACCUCUAAUAAUGCAACUCCUUUGCAAGGAAAAACUCCUAUAGUACUCCUAACUCCAGUUGAUCACAAAGCAGCUCCCGCUGCAAACCAGAUUUUAAAAAAGAGGAGUACUACAUCUGUUGCUAAGAUAUCUCAAAAUGAAAGACCUGGCAUCAUCAUCGUGUCAUCUCACAAAAAAGAGACGGGCAGUACUAGCAGUGCGAAAAUGCUUCGAGCUGUAAAGGAUACAUCUUCUGCUGUCACAAUUGUAGAUCUAUCUGAUGAAAACGAAGGGCGUUCUCUUAAUGCUAAUGACAGGACUCGAGUAACAAAAGAAGUCUCUAAAAGUGUAGAUGAGGGUGUUCAAAAAGUUACACAUAAGGGUACAAGUGAUAAAUCUCCUGCUGGUAUUAAUAAGACAUCACCCUCAAACGCCUCCAAAGACCCUAAUAUUUUUAGGAAAAGGAAACUUCCAGAGACUGACCAAUCUGCCAAACAGAUAGCCUCUGUUUCAGCAAGCUUUUCCUUAUUGUCAUGCCGAAUCUGUGGAAUAACCAACAAAACAAAUAUUGACAUAUAUGGCGCCGAAGGAAAGUCUCAAGGAUUGGCAGAUAUGAUUAGCAAAUGUCUUCCCAUUGAGAGUUCAUCAGAUAAUUCAGUCAUCAUUUCUAAACCAGCACAAUCUCAAAUAGGUAGUGGAGGAAAUAGAAGAGUUUUGCUUUUAGAAAUGUCCUUAAAAGAAGGCAUACCUGUCAAAAGCAUGAUUCAUCAGGCUAUUCAGGAACUCAACUUACGUUUAAAGCCAAAGGAAUCAAGGGAAACUAAACCACAGGGCAAGAUUAUGUUCUUAGAUCUGCAAGGAGGCUCAGAUGCGUUUCCAGAGCAGAUGAAAAAAGCAAUCUCAAUGUUGUUUGCAAGUCCUGGAGGCGAAGCAAACCCUGCAGAGAAGAGAAAAGUUGGUCCAACAACUAUGUCUGAACAGCAGAAAAUGAAGAUCCCGAAAACAUCUACUAAUCAAGUUCCAUUGAUUAUCAGUUCUUCUAUGAUGGCCCCAAAUACAGUACAUGUGACUUCUGCUUCAGCCCAGUCUAAAGUGGCAGUCACUAAUACAGUUCCGUCAACACUGUCAUUUCAGAAUAUUGCGCCUAAGAAAGGUCUUGGAACUACUACAGGAAGCUCCAUGAAUUUAUCAACUCCAACCAGCUUACCACCUUUGAUCAUGAAGCCGUUUACUCCAAUUGCGCCCUCACCGGGCCCUAAUCAGAAUCUUAUUGUUCAGUCACAUCCUGCAUUAUCAGUUCCUCUAACCAUGAUAUCUUCAAAAUCUGUUCCGUCUUCUGCAGUAAGGAUAACCUUACCUCCAGGUGCAUUACCUUCCAGUUCUGUGCCACAUCUGGUGCGUCUCCCAAGCAACUUCAUUAAAGUCAAUCAAAAGCCAGAUCAAGAUAAUGUUCCAGUUGCCUUACCUCCAAAUGUUUCCUCAAGUGUGGCCUCUGAAGAUGAUGACCAUGUCUAUGAUGACCACUGUUAUGCUGAAGAACUACCUCAGUUAAGAAACCAAGAUAUUCCUUUGCCUUCAUUGGUGCCUAUCAAAGAAACCAAAUCUAAGGGUCCUAAGGAGACAAAGAUGCCUCAGAUUGAUAUAAGUCAACUAAAAGAUAAGAUGAUCACCAAAAUUAAUAAUAUGGGUAACCAGUUUAAAUUAGGUGACAAAAUAGUUGGGAUUGUGCUCCGAAACUCUGACAGCCGCGAGGAUAUUCACAAGAAAUUGCAAGCAACCUUCUCCAAAGGUACACCUCUGAAAGAUCAAGGAAAGCCAGUUGUGAAACCUAAAGAAAGAGCAAUUCUUCCUAAAGGAAGUUCAGUAAUUACUAUAGCGAGUGAAACAACAAUUCCAUCGGAAAUUUUAGAUGGAACAAGGAAAUUAAAAGAUCGUCCCAUGGAUGUACAUGCUACUGUUGACAGCCCAUCUACAUAUUUUGAUAGGCGCAAUGCUCGCAAGUUGUCUCUUAGUUUUAUGUGGAGAAAAAGUGGAUAUUUAGUAAGCUCAUACCAAAAGUUAUUUACCUGGCAGUUGGCUGACAGUCCUGACAUCCCUCAUGUGCUUACUUGCCGUGUAUGUAAAUUUGCUGCAAAAUCCAGAGCUGAUGUUGAAAGUCAUCUACAAGAACAUCCAGACCUACAAUGUUCAGUUUGCUGGAAAUACUUUUUAACUCCUGGAAAAGUUCUGGAGCACAUGAAUGUUAUUCAUAAUAUUACAACACCAUCUGAAACUUUGCGUAAAAAAUCCUGGGGUGUGACUUGGAGGCAAAAUAGCCUAAGAAGAACAGUUUUGAGGCAAUAUCAAUGCUCCCGGUGUGAAAGAAGAUUCAAAGCUAAAGAAAACUUGAAACGUCAUACUGCUGUUUGUAAAGAACGAACAUUAGCUGAGAAGGUUCAGGCUAUAAAUAAGGGAAGUCUGCUGAGUUGUGAAGUGUGCCACCGAAAUUUCAACACACAAGAAGAGUUGCAGGACCAUGUUAUUGUACACACCAAGAGAACUUCAUGGUUAUGUGACAUAUGUGGGUUAGUUCUAAAGUCAGCAUCCAAUUACAGAACCCAUAUUGCCCGUCAUGAUGAAUAUGCUGCAGAUUAUCAAUAUCAAUGUAACACGUGCAAAAAGCGUUUUAAACUUGAGCAUAGGUAUGAAGCACAUCUGAAAAAGCAUGAUAAUCGUCAGCAGUUUAUUUGUUCAUCCUGUGGAAAAGUUUUUAAUACUCUAAACGGCUUACGGCAACAUGAAGUGUUGCAUGGAGAACGAAAAUUGCAGUGUAAAUUUUGUCCCAGCCGCUUUCAUAGGAGAGAUCAUCUCCGUAUUCAUGAGGCAAGCCAUACUAAGUCAAAGUCUGGUGAGGGAACGGUUGACAAUUCACGCCGCUCAUUUACUUGUAGAUUCUGUGUAGCUAAAAGUAACAAGGUUGUCAAAUUUCCCAAUAUGAGAGAACUAAUGAGACAUUACAAUGAUGAUCAUGCUGAUGAAAGAGCUAAUGCACCUCAAGGGAAGAGGUUUGAAUGUGAUCGAUGCACCCGUUCAUUUGCAAAUUCAACACUGCUAAGACAUCACCACAUGUGGCAUGCUGGCAUACGUCCUUACUCUUGUAGUGUUUGUGGAGCAGGUUUCAUGAUCAAAGAAAGGAUGCGAAAUCAUGAAAUGACCCAUACUAAUGAACGCCCUUACAAGUGCCAAGUGUGUGGUAAAGGUUUCCGCAGCAGAAAUUGCCUAAAACAACACAAAGCAAUACACAUGGACCCCAAUGAUAUGUAUAAAUGCAAGUACUGUGAUAAAAGCUUCUCCCGUAUUGACAAUUUGAGAACUCACACUAGGGUGCACACUGGAGAGAAACCAUGGAGGUGCUUACAUUGUCAAAAGCAAUUCCGCCUCAGAUCUGAGUGUUCAAAACACAUCCAAAUUGCUCAUCAAAUUCCUGCAGAUGAAGUAUUUCAGUAUGUGGAAACAUUAACUGAGACUCAAGAAGAAACUAUUGAAUCAGAGUCAAAUUCAUCGACAUCAGUAAUAGAUGCAGCACUGGCAGGAAUCACCACUGUGCAGGACAUGGAAUUGUUGAUUGAACCAGGAGAUAUGGAGGAUUCUAUGUAAAGCGUCUCAAACUGAGUUUAUCAGUUAUCAUUUUCCUCUAUUUCUGUUUUUUUUAAUGAACUACUAAAUAGCUAGCUGGAAAUUUGUUUGUUUUACGUAUGUAAUUGAAUUUUAGAACAGACCACAGAAUGUCUUUCCCAGAACUGUCUGUAAACCUCUAAUUCUCUCAAUAAUUUUACCACCAAAGCCAGCAAACCCGGCGCGUCUGUAUAUAGUCUUAAUAAAUUGUUAUUUCAAACUGCUUA